AUGAUACAGACGCAGUUCAACAAGAAGGUCAAAUUUGUGCGACACGAUGGAGCCCGCGAGUUUGCGACGAACUCGCUUCAAGAUUUCUACGAAGUCGAAGGCAUCGAGCAACAAACCACGGUGCCAUACGCACAUCAAGCCAAUGGAACUGCUGAACGCGCGAUUCGAACUAUCGUCACCAUCGGUCGUAGCAUGCUCCAUCAUGCCAAGUUGGACAAGUGCUUCUGGGCUGAAGCGGCAAUGACGGCCGUCUAUGUGAAGAACCGUUUGCCGUCUCCCAAGAUUCCACACAAGACACCGUUCGAGAUUGUCUACAAUUCUAAGCCAAGUGUCAAGCACAUGCGCGUUUUUGGGUGCCAAGCAUACAUCUUGACCCCGAAGGAGAAACGACUCAAGUGGGAUCCCAAGGCCCGGGCUGGAUUGUUUUUGGGCUACGAAGAAGUGUCCAAGGCGUAUCGAGUUUACGACAUCGAAGCGGGGCAGGUGAUGAUAAGUCGCGAUGUCAACUUCGAUGAGUCGGCCUUUGGAAUGUCGAUGCUGAUUUCCGAUGACGAUGUUGAUGGCCUGGACUUCGAAUCGAUCGAUCUUGAUGAUGAAGAACCGCGUCCGAGACACUUCAAACAAACAGGAAAGCGCAAGGCCCAACCCAGUCACGACAAUGACGACGCAAGCAUGCCCCGAGCAGUGCGCCAACGACCCGGAUUGGAAGAGUCAAGCGCGCCGGAUGACCUCUCUUCACGUCGAGCCAACGAAGAUGAAGAAAGGAAGUCGGAGGAACAACAUGACACACCGACUUCCUCCGCGUUUUGGCAUGCGAGUGCAAACGCCGUCGAAGCAGCGGUCGAUUUUUCGGAGCCGUCGACAUUUGAAGAAGCAGUAUCUGGCCCGGACCAAGUACACUGGCGCAAGGCAAUUGAUGCGGAGCUCGAUUCGAUGAAGCUUCGCGGUGUCUUUCGUGCGGCCAAGUUACCCAACGGACAAAGCGCCAUUGGCACAAAGUGGGUCUUCAAGAUCAAGCGCAAGGCGGAUGGGUCGAUCGAGAAAUACAAGGCACGACUUGUGGCCAAGGGUUUUCGCCAAAAGUAUGGCAUCGACUACACGGAGACGUUCUCGCCCGUGGUCAAGUAUGUGACGCUGCGAAUGGUCAUCGCCAUUACCAAGCACUUUGGAUGGCCCCUCGACCAGCUCGAUGUGGUGACUGCGUUCCUGUAUGGAGUGAUGAAGGAGAAGGUGUUCUGCGCUGUUCCGGAAGGCGUCAAGAUGGAAGGUGAUUUCGACUGUCUCGAGCUGAUCAAGGCGAUCUACGGUCUCAAGCAAGCCUCGCGUGUUUGGAACGAGACCUUCGACGAGUUCAUACGCUCGAUUGGUUUUCAAGCGUCGGGAUUCGAUCCAUGUCUCUACAUCAUGACUUCGGAAGGCCAUUGUGUUUUUGUGCUGGUCUACGUGGACGAUGUCUUGGUGACUGGAAGCUCGCUCGAGAUGAUUGCGCGCACCAAGAACGACCUCAAGACACGCUUCGAGAUGACGGACAGCGGCAAGUGUGCCUUUGUUCUUGGGAUCGAGUUAUUGGACGGUGAAGAUGGCAGCGUGACUAUGUGUCAGCGCCGUUAUGUCGACGAUGUCCUCAAGCGCUUUGGAAUGGAUGAGUGCAAGGCUGUGGCAAGUCCGGUGGACGUCAGCUCUCGACUGGUUCCAAGCAACUCUGCAAGCAAGGUGAAUGUCCCAUUCCGUGAAGCAGUGGGUGCUUUGAUGCAUCUGACGACUGCAACGCGACCGGACAUCGCCUAUGCUGUAAGCUUUGUGUCACGGUUCAUGGAGAAACCCCAAGAAGAACACUGGGUUGCAGUCAAGCGCAUCUUCCGCUACCUACAAGGCACCAAGAUGCAUGGAAUCUGCUACAAGCCAAGUGCGAAGAUCGACUUUCGUGGCUAUUCAGAUGCAGACUGGGCCGGUGACCUUGCUGAUCGCAAAUCGACGUCCGGCUACGUCUUCAUGCUAUUGGGUGCUCCGGUGAGUUGGGGCAGCAAGAAACAGCCAAGUGUGUCACUGUCUACAAGCGAAGCGGAGUACAUCGCGCUCAGCCUGGCGAUCCAAGAAGGCAAGUGGAUCAAUCGCUUGCUGUGCGAGAUCAUGGCGGCUGCAAACGAAGAAGGACCCGAGCUCGUCAUCCGUGAAGACAACCAGUCGUGCAUCAAGAUGACGAAGAAUCCGGUCAACCACGGCCGCGCUAAACACAUCGACAUCAAGUACCAUCACAUCCGUGAUGAAGUCAAGCGCGGCGAAGUGAAGCUUGAAUACUGCGAGACAACGUUGAUGUUGGCGGACAUCAUGACCAAGGCACUUCACGGACCGCGUCACAAGAACUUGACGGCGGCGCUUGGCAUCCGUGCGUGUUCGGAUUGA